AUGUCGCAGAAGCUGAGGUUGAAUGGAUCGUGUUGCCAUUCCGACGACACAUCCCUCACAGAGGAGCAACAGCCACACGGAGUUGGACAAAGUGGACUAAACGGACCUCUCCGCGGACAGAGACCCCCUCGCAGCCGGGUCUCCCUCCUCUGGCGGCGGGCAGAAGCCGGGAGAUGCGCCCCCAUGGAUAGACGCUCGCAGUCGUCUGCAGAAACCCUUAUGGACAGUCGGUGGGCAACCACAGAGCUGGCAUGGACCACGUUCCCGGAGAGCGGGUGGGAGGAGGUUAGCGGCUACGACGACUCCAUGAGCCCUAUCAGAACCUACCAGGUGUGUAAUGUCCGACAGCCCAACCAGAACAACUGGCUCAGGACGGACUUUAUCCCCCGCAAGGGCGUGCUGCGCGUCUACGUGGAGCUCAAGUUCUCCGUCCGUGACUGCGCCAGCAUCCCCAACAUCCCCGGCUCCUGCAAAGAGACCUUUAAUCUGUUUUACUACGAGUCGGAGGGGGACACGGCCACAGACACCAGCCCUCUGUGGAGGGAGAACCCUUAUGUGAAGGUGGAUACUAUCGCCCCAGAUGAGAGUUUCUCUCUGCUGGAGGCGGGCAGGAUCAACACCAAAGUGCGCAGCUUUGGCCCCCUCUCCAAGGCCGGCUUCUACCUGGCGUUCCAGGACCUAGGCGCCUGCAUGUCUCUCAUCUCAGUCAGGGUUUUCUUCAAGAAGUGCUCCACCACUAUCGCCAAUUUCGCAGUCUUCCCUGAGACCGCCACGGGGGCAGAAGCCACCUCCUUAGUGAUCGCUCCCGGGGCAUGUGUGACCAACGCUAUGGAGGUGUCCGUCCCUCUGAAGCUGUACUGCAACGGAGACGGCGAGUGGAUGGUCCCCGUGGGCUCGUGCACCUGUGUCGCUGGCUUUGAACCUUCGGCUGACGGCACUCAGUGCCAGGCUUGCAUUCCUGGGACCUUCAAAUCCAAAUUCGGGGAGGGAUCCUGCGCUCCCUGCCCAUCCAACAGUCGCACCAGUGUACGAGGCGCCAACAUUUGUCCCUGCCAGAAUGGUUUCUAUCGCUCUGACAGCGACCCCCCUGACUCCGCCUGCACCACGAUCCCUUCUGCGCCUCGCAAUGUUAUCUCCAGCGUGAACGAGACCUCGCUGUCCUUGGAGUGGGAGGAACCCGAGGACACAGGCGGGAGGGGUGACCUCGUCUAUAACGUGGUGUGUAAGAAAUGCCUGCGGGACCGGAGCCCCUGCACACGCUGUGACGACAACGUGGACAUCGCCCCACGCAGGCUGGGGCUGAGGCAGAGGAAGGUGGUGGUGAGGAAUCUGCAAGCUCACACCCGCUACAGCUUCGAGGUGCAGGCGGUCAAUGGGGUGUCUGGGAAAAAUCCCACCUCCCCCAGCUACUCCACAGUCAACAUCACCACCAACCAAGCCGCUCCCUCAGCAGUGCCCACCGUCCAUCUGAUGCGCUCCACCUCAGACACUCUCAGCCUGUCGUGGCUACCCCCUGAGAAACCCAACGGGGUCAUCCUCGACUACGAGAUUAAAUACCACGAGAGGGGCCAGGCGAUGUCCCACACCGUAACAUCCCAGCACAGCUCAGCCAAGGUGGAGGGUCUGAAGGCCGCGACGCCCUACGUGGUGCAGGUCAGAGCUCGCACCGUUGCUGGAUAUGGACGCUACAGCAACCCCAUGGACUUCAGCACCAGCCUUCACAGUGACCCUCAGAAGUCAGUGCAGGACCAGCUGCCUCUCAUCAUCGGCUCGGCCUCCGCGGGUCUGGUGGUCAUUGUUGCCUUAGUGGUUAUCGCCGUUGUCUGUCUUAAGAAGCAGCGCAGCGGCUCGGAGCUGGAGUACACUGAGAAACUGCAGCAAUACAUUUCUCCAGGAGUCAAAGUGUACAUUGAUCCUUUCACCUACGAGGACCCCAACGACGCCAUCCACGAGUUUGCUAAAGAGAUAGACAUCUCCUGCGUGAAAAUAGAAGAAGUCAUCGGUGCAGGUGAAUUCGGCGAGGUGUGCCGCGGACGUCUCAAGCAGCCCGGUCGCAGGGAGAUGGUUGUGGCGAUAAAGACACUGAAAGCCGGCUACACUGAGCGGCAGAGGCGGGACUUCCUUGCCGAGGCCUCCAUCAUGGGCCAGUUCGACCACCCCAACGUGAUCCGGCUGGAGGGCGUCCUUACGCGGAGCUGUCCCGUCCUCAUCAUCACAGAAUUCAUGGAGAACGGAGCGCUCGAUUCCUUCCUCAGGCUGAAUGACGGGCGCUUCACGAUGACACAGCUGGUUGGGAUGCUGCGUGGCAUUGCUGCCGGCAUGAAGUACCUGUCAGACAUGAACUACGUCCACCGAGACCUCGCCGCCCGGAAUAUCCUGGUCAACAGCAACUUGGUCUGCAAGGUCUCUGACUUUGGCCUGUCGCGCUUCCUGGAUGACACCUCCGCUGACCCCACUUACACAAGCUCCCUGGGAGGGAAGAUUCCCAUCCGGUGGACGGCGCCAGAGGCCAUCGCCUUCAGGAAGUUCACCUCCGCCAGCGAUGUGUGGAGUUACGGCAUCGUCAUGUGGGAGGUGGUGUCCUAUGGGGAGAGGCCUUACUGGGACAUGAGCAACCAGGAUGUGAUGACGGCGGUAGAGCAGGACUACCGGCUGCCCCCGCCCAUGGACUGUCCCAUGGUGCUGCACCAGCUGAUGCUGGAGUGCUGGAUGAAGGAGAGAAACCUGAGGCCCAAGUUCUCCCGCAUCGUCAGCACCCUGGACAAGCUGCUCCGCAACGCCGCCAGCCUCAAGGUGGUGACCAGCACCUACUCAGGGGACUUGCUGCGGCUCGGAGGGACGCUGCCGGGACACAACAGGAAGAGUCCGGACAGCAGUCAGGAAAUCGUUCGGCAACAGAUGAGCCAAACUCUCCCCAUCCGAGUGUGAGAAGCGGAGGAUACAGAGCCAAUAGAAACUACCUAGAAACUCUGACGCGAAGAGCCUGUUGUAAAAUAAAAAGAAGAAAAGAAAGAAGCUACAGAGGGAGAGAGAGAGAAAGAAACAGGACCAAUUUGGAGAUUUCCUUCCGACUGGACUGGAGACAUUUAAAGAGAACUGUCCAUCGCAGUGUGUGUGUUCAUUACUUGACACUUGUGGAUUUGUGACUAUUGACAUAAAGCCAAACUUCCUAUUGCCCCCUCUCAGGUUGUGUUUGCAUGUCUGCAUGUGUUUUCUGCUGGUUGGGAAUCAGUCUUUCCUUCUCGUCCCCCUCAGAGGACCGGAGAGCUCACACACACACACACACACACACACACACACACACACACAGACACACAGUAGGAUCCAGUGUCUAUAUGAUACGACAGUGCCAAGAUGAAGCAAACAUUUGCUUUUAAAAUAACUUUUACUCGACAUCUUCAAUCCAACCAACCCUUUUCUUUUCAACCCAACCUCUUUUAUUUUGCUUUUUUUCUUUUCUUUUUUUCUUUUAUUUCAGGAAACAAGAAAAAAAAACCCACAACUUUCAUCUGCUUCCUCUUAAAUACCGUCUUCCACAUGUACUGGGAGAAAUACGUGUUACAAAUCUGUACAAAGCAUCCGAGUCUUCACACUGUCUCUCUGUCCGAGGAGAGACGUAUAACUGACACUGUGCUGGACACGUCAUGUGCAUGCCAAAGUGGAAACUUCUUCAUGAGAAAAGUACAAAUAAGUUCCACAUUAACUGUUGCUUUGGUGGCAUUUUUGCUGUAUGGACUUUAACGUCCAUGUUUUCUUAAUCUUAUUUGAUUCAUAUACGCAUUGUUUUGAAUGCUAAGUUAUUAUCUAUUAUUGCAGAGAGAGGUGUUUUUCUGUGUGUUUUUUUAAAACUUUUUUAUUACAAUGCUUGUUUUUUCACACAUUAACAAACCAGACAGACAUGAAUGAGUGAAUCCAGGAGUGAAAUGCUCUGCUCAGACAGAAUAUUUAUGACUGAAAAGCGCCUGUGGUCGUGCCGUGUUGUAUAUUUUACUUUGGCGAGUGUGUUGCAGAUCAGUGGGAAU